AUAUUCAACAAAUUUUACUCUUCUUCUUCUCCUUCUUCCUCCUCAUCUCAAGAAUUUCAGAACCAAAAUGGAGAAAAUCCAGCAUAACUUCAUCACUGUUCGAGGGCUGAAGCUUCAUAUAGCUGAACUCGGCUCAGGUCCUAACGUGGUUCUGUUCUUACAUGGGUUCCCGGAGAUUUGGUACUCCUGGCGUCAUCAGAUGGUUGCCGUCGCCGAUGCUGGGUUCCGCGCCAUCGCACCAGAUUACAGAGGGUACGGACUCUCCGAUCCUCCACCCGAACCCCACAAGGCAACAUUUGCUGAUUUCGUUAGCGAUAUUGUUGCAAUCCUAGAUCACCUCGGACUUAAUAAGGUUUACGUUGUGGCAAAGGAUUUUGGAUUUAGGCCUGCCUACCUCCUUGCUCAUUUUCAUCCAGAAAGAGUCUCAGGUGUUGUGACUCUGGGAGUGCCAUACUUACCUCCUGGGCCCUUGGAAUUCCACAAACACCUUCCUGAAGGCUUCUACAUAGCAAGAUGGAGGGAACCGGGAAGGGCAGAAGCUGAUUUUGGGCGCUUUGACCCUAAAACAGUUGUGAAGAAUGUCUAUAUUCUAUUCUCCAAAAGCGAGAUACCAAUAGCAAAAGAAAACGAGGAGAUCAUGGAUUUGGUAGAUCCUUCUACUGCCCUUCCCUCUUGGUUCUCAGAUGAAGAUCUCUCAGCAUAUGGAGCCUUGUAUGAGAAAUCUGGGUUUCAGACUGCACUUAAAGUUCCAUAUAGAUCAAUGGAUGAAGAGUUUGACAUUGCAGACCCAGUAGUUAAGCUUCCCGCAUUAUUGAUCAUGGGUUGCAAGGAUUAUGUCUUCAAAUUUCCAGGAAUUGAGGACUUCAUAAAGAGCGGAAAGGUGAAAGAGUUUGUACCUAAUCUGGAUGUCAUCUACUUGCCUGAAGGAACACAUUUUGUUCAAGAGCAGUCACCUGAGCUGGUAAACGAGCUGAUCCUCGACUUCCUCAAAGCCCAUAGUUGAGUCAUAAACAUGCCUUAAGAUCUGCUUUAUAUUUGUGUAAUGGUUCAAGACUUGGAUGCUGUUUCUUUGAGUCAUGUGAUCUAUGUAUGUUUGUGGCACUUGGAUGACAACACUGAUGAUGUAAAGCAAACUUCACUUGGGAUUUCACAUGUGCAUUUUG